GCAUGGCUGCCCGAACUCGGAUAGCAGAUUCAGGGGGAGGGGCUCGCAGCCGGGAAACUAAGCAUGCUAAGUCUGGAAACGGGGCGCAGUCUCGCAAUAAUGAGACGCAAUCAACUUCUAAGAAUUUCUUGGUGUUUCUUUUGACCUCUCUAAUCGUUAGUGUACCACUCAUGCUUUUGUGGUAUCAGCACGUCCUCAGAUCUGCAGUGAAGACUCCUCUUAGUGCUCCUCUCACCAUCGCUAACGAUGCCAGUUCCGCCGCCAACAGUCCCGGGCGAUUUUGGGGCACCUACCGCCCCGGCGUCUACUUUGGCUUAAAAACACGCUCUCCGAAAUCACCUGUUGCGGGACUAAUGUGGUUCCAACAACCUACCUCGCCUAGUCAAAAUCCAGAUCUCAAAUUCAGGCAUACAUGUGAACAAGGGGAUGGGUUGGACAAGUAUGGCUGGCUUGAACAUGAUGGAGUCAAUUUUGGAAUUCAAGAUAUUUUCGAUGGUCCACUUCAAAUCAAAACUGCAUUUGCCAAAAGUGGAGGUGGUGCCCAUGGAGGAGACUGGUCAGCUUCUAUUUCUGCCCGAUACAAAGAUGGAGUAGAUGCUGCAAAGGAGAAGAGUGCGCUGAGUCUCCUGUUCUACUUUGCUCUGGAUGGUCAGGGAUCCAUUGAGCCAAUCUUGAAUGGAAACCAACUGCAGGGCAUCAAGGGUACCACUGAAGAACUUGGGAAGUUUGUUCUUCGCUUCCCGCAAUCAACCAAGGUCAAGAUGAACAACUACCUGGUGUCCUACACACCGGGGCUCCACGCCAUCAAGGACCUCGUUACGCGUCGGUUCAAGUAUCACAAGAAGAAGACCCAGCUUCUUGGUCUGGUUGGGAAUGAUCAGCAAACGAUUGAAGCGUCACCUGACAAGACAGCCAACAUCAUCGUGUAUCAGGUGACUGUGGCACCUCCAUACAUCAUGGAUGUUGUGUUCGAGUCUGGAAGCAAAAUGAACAGGGGGAAGGAGCUUGCCGGUUCAGAGUUGACAAGUCUCGUGCAGAGUUACAGCGACGAUUUCAACAAGCUGUUUGAAGAGAAGUUUAGUUUGACUGGGAAAGGGUACGGACCUUCUGAAGUUGCCUUUGCCAAAGCAACAAUGAGUAACAUGAUAGGAGGUAUCGGAUAUUUCUAUGGGAGUUCAAUUGUGAAAUCAAAGCAUAAUACAGAACCUGUGGCUUACUGGGAAGCUCCUCUCUACACUGCAGUGCCUUCCAGGUCUUUCUUUCCUCGAGGUUUUCUCUGGGAUGAAGGGUUUCACAAUCUCUUGAUUAGCAAGUGGAAUCCAUACAUCAGCAUUGACAUCAUAGGCCACUGGCUUGAUUUGAUGAAUGCAGAUGGUUGGAUACCUAGAGAGCAGAUUCUGGACUCUGAGGCCAGGAGUAAAGUGCCUGCCGAGUUUGUAGUGCAGCAAGAUACAAAUGCUAACCCUCCUACAUUUUUCCUUCCCCUCCAGUCAUUAUUAAGAGAUGGAUCAUCCGUCAUCCCGAAAAAAGAGUUCGUCUCAUUCCUGAAGCAUAUCUACCCCAGGCUAGAUAAAUGGUACCAAUGGUUCAACACAACCCAGUAUGGUCCUGUCCCAACAUCCUAUCGUUGGAGGGGUCGUGAAAGCAAGACAAAUCGUGAGUUAAAUCCCAAGACACUGACCUCCGGAUUUGACGAUUACCCUCGAGCCUCGCACCCUUCAAAUGAAGAACGGCACAUUGACCUGCGUUGCUGGAUGGCAUUGGCUUCAAGCGUGAUGGUUGAGAUUGGCAAGACCAUUGGUUUACCCUAUGCUCACUACGAGCAUACCUUGCAGCUCCUUACUAACAAUGCUCUCCUAGAUAAGCUCCAUUGGUCCCCAAAGGCGAAGAUGUUCAGUGACUUUGGGAACCAUACGACCCGAGUCGUCUUAGAGCGCCCCCAUCCACCACCCCGUCAGCCAGGUCAACCACCGGCCCAGCAGAUGGAGAUGGUUCGUGUCGUCAAAUCCAAAGUCGGACCCACCAACAAGUACGUCAAUUCGUUUGGUUACGUCAGCCUCUUCCCAUUCCUUCUUCAGAUCCUGGACCCCAACUCUGACAGACUCGGGAAGACUCUCACCGACAUGAAAAACCCAGAUAUACUGUGGACCAAUUACGGUCUUCGAUCCUUAUCAAAGAGCGAUCCCUUGUACAUGAAACACAACACAGAACACGAUGCACCAUACUGGCGCGGAGCUGUGUGGAUCAACGUCAAUUACCUAGCUGUGCGUGCCUUGCAUCAUUAUGCCAAUGUACCCGGCCCUUAUGCCGCUACAGCUAAAGAGAUGUACAGCGAACUCAGGGCAAACAUCAUCAAUAAUAUCAUAAAGCAAUAUAAUAGGUCAGGAUAUGUGUGGGAGAAUUACAAUGAUAUAUCUGGGAGAGGGCAAGGGUGUCACCCAUUCACUGGUUGGUCAGCUCUUGUUGUUUUAAUGAUGUCCGAAUCAUAUUAGACAAUUGGUAAUAAUAUUGUUGCAAAAUUUGCUUUCUAAAUUUCUGAAAUGAUCAUUUCCAGAUAUUUAUUUGUGUCUUGAUUUUAUCCAUUUCUAAAUCAAAAUUAUGUUAUAGAAUUUGAAUUCAUCAUGUGAUGUGAUCUUUUUAAUCAUGAAACUUGCCCAAACUGUUCUCUGCAUGGUGAUAAGAAAUGACUGAUGACUGAUGAGAGCCAGAACGGCAUUAACUAUAUGAGUUAACGCUUUUCUUGCUCCAAACAGACAAUACCGGUAUGUGUGUUGUAUUAGUGGGUUGUACUAGUACAUCUUAGGUCCAGUUUGAAGAUAGCAUUGUUUUCUCUUUUGUUUGGAAUUUAAUAUAUCGAAGCUUACUUUUUCAAUGUGUAAGAUAAAUUCUGGAUACAUGCACUAGUUACUUGUUACUAGUAGCUCAUCAAAGUAGACACAGUCAUAGACCACUGGAAGUGUUUGGUCUGUACUAUUGAUGUUUUUGUUUGUUUUGUGGAAUUAAUUACUGUGGAAGGAGCCUGCCCGUUGAAAUUUGAUAAAUUUAAUUUUCAGACCCAUUAUAGCUAUAAGGAGCAAGAUGUGUAUAUAUUUUGGUCAAAUUUUAAAAUUCAGAUUUCAUUGUGAUAGUACUUGUUUAGAGCUGUGCAGUGUUGGUUAAUUUCUAUGUCUAAAUCAGUUUGUUGAUAGCUGUAUUAGAAGCACGUUACUACGUCCCUUCACAUGUAGUUUGCAUAUGAAGUAUGUUAUCCCUCGACCCUCAUUCUGCAUAAAUGUAGUUUACACCAUACUUGUGCAAUUCUAAUUGCUUUUCUUUUCCUUUGCAUUGGGUUAGUGUUGAAAAUUAAGUGGUGUCAUGGAAAAGUGAAGUGGUCCGUUCACUUGGUUUUUAAUCAUGAUGUCGAGGAUUUGAAACCCAGCCCAGCACCAACGUCCUUUGGCAAGACAUUUCUUUGCAUUUGGCACUCUCCAGGUGUAAACGGGUACCUGAUAUAUGCUUGAACCCUAUUAAAAGUGUAUUAAGAGUGAAUAAGCCAAUUUUCAGCAUUCUUGAAACCCCCAGUAUGUGAUGUAAUUUAUAUGAUUAAUUUUAUAGUCUGCAUUAUUGUGGUAUUGUCUGUGAAAUUUCACUCUCCAUAAUUUCAUUCUGUAAUUGCAUUUCAGCUGACUCUAUGCCAGAUUUUAUCUGGCAUUUCUGCCUUGCCAUUCUCAUUAUUGCAUUGUCACAGCUAAUUACAGCAGUAUUUGAUUCAUCAUUUCUUAAGAGAAGUACAUUAAGACAAACAAAAUGUCCUACUUCAAGCUUAGACUGUGUAGCUGGGGUAUUAAGAUGCUACUUUCAGUUUCACAAUGACAUUCAAGCCAAAAGUAAGAUCUUUACAUCUCCUUGAACAUGUUCUUACAACGCCCAAACAUAAGUCAUUUACAUAAGCCAUUUACAUAAGCCAUUUACAUAUUAAAGCUUAAAUUUAAACAUGAGAUCCAAAGCCCACUGCACACUACACUAUAAAUGCACAAGUUACAAUUCUGCUCCUUAAUAUUUUUAUCAUUAUUUAGAAGCUACAUCAGGAAACCUUAUUUGUUUAUAGUUCUAUUGUCAUUUCUUUGAAAAUUGGAUCACAUGAAGAUGAUUAUAUAGUGUGCGGUGGGCUUAAGACAUAUAGUAGAUUAUGUUACUUUUCAUUUCCUGGUUUUAGGUAUAACAUUCUCUUCUAAAUGUAAAUAUUUUACUAAUUCAGUUAAACCUGACCUGGGGUUCUAAGAUCAUGUUUGACCAAAAAAAAAUUAAAAUAAGAGCUCAGAUAACUUCCUUUGAUAAACCCAAUUUUGGACAAAAGCUUGAAACCAGAGUCAGGUUUUAAUGUUCACGUUACGAGUAUGUGCCUUAGUGUUUAAAGUGUGUAUAGAAAUCAUAUUUGUUUCGAGCCUAGAAGGGCAUUGACCUUACAUUGUAUGUUAAAGAGAAAUUCUAACUUGAUAGCAAACUAUUCUAAAGAAGCAUACUGGUGAAAAUUUGAAUGAAAUUGGAUUUGUUUGAAUUGAUGAAUUUUUGAAAGUUGCGAUCACUGUAGGUAUGGGCUCUUCCAAUAGGCUGAAUGAUCCUAAAUUGGUAUCGUCUUUGUGAUGUUGUGGUGAUCAACUUUUCCAUCUGUUCCAACAAAAAAGUCACUAAAAUGUCAAUUUUUCAAAAAUGUAUGACUCUGGAUGGUAUUUUCAUAUUAGAGGACUUGUAAUAAUGUACUCUCCAUAAUUUAUUUUGAGUAGUGGCCGAAGUGU